AUGGCGCCUUCCGUAAGAGCACCCUCGUCGGCUGCUCAGCGACCAGCAACUCGCGAAACCAGCAGAAGCAGACCAGCGACGCGUGAACAAGGAGGCUUUGGUGACAAUGUUGUACCUAGCAGAGCGUCGUCGCUACAUUCACGAAUUACACAACCGAUGCCGAGCACGAUGACGGCAGGAAAACGACCUACACCCAAGACUCUUACUUACGCUUAUCUAGUUUGUGGUGUCGGUCGUGAACCUUCACAAUGGGUCAAGGCCGCGACACCAGGUCAAGGCAAGAUUCAACAUAUGCGAGGGGCAGCAUGCUUUCCUCACGACGUCGAGAUCUGCACAGGCCGUAGUCAGCCACAUUGUGUCCACCAUUCCUUCGUCUUACAGCAAGACUCGUCUCACACCUUGUACGGAAUAGCAUUGCGUGUCUGGUCGCGAGCAGACGAGAAACGUGCAGAGACCAUCCGAGACCUGCGAAGAAAGACAGAACCUGACUAUAGGGACGUGGCUGACGAGACAUACUGGAUCCCAUACUGUCUCAGCUUCCUCUCUCGAUACCCACUGUACAACCUGCUCGGCGACUACCUUCGAGGCAUGUGGAUCCAUUGGAACAAAGCGACGAAUCUCUUCCAUGCUGAGGAGGUAUCUCGCAUACUAAGCUUCCCUGCGCCACGGUUGAACGACCUUGUCCGCAUCGAUAUGAAGGACUACGCACUGUGCUACCAGUUUCCAUCCUCCCCGACAGGGUUCCAGAACUUCGCGAUGUGGCCAUUGUUUAGCUGCUUGACCAUCCCAAACAUUGUUGGGCUGAUCGAAGCAGCUGUCUCACCAACUCGACGCAUUAUCCUAAUGUCACAUCAUCCUGCGAUGCUUACUAUAGCAGCUGAAACAAUUCGCUUCUCGACUCGAGUUUACGACUGGACAGGGUUGUAUGUCCCGGUCGCCCACGCACGAAGUGUGCACGAUCUCGUACAAGAGCCUGGUCCAUACAUCCUUGGUAUUACCACCGAGUGCCGAUCCCUCUUCACACCGCCCAAAGACGCACUGCUUGUCGACCUCGAUAGGAACUUGGUCAUCACAGAUCAUCCACCAAAUGUCUUCUCCCCAAGUCAAAGAACCAAGAUGGUUACACGAUUAACGCAAGCAUUGAACUCGGAUGUUGAGCUCGCAGGCGUGCCUCAGCACUUGAAGUCGGCUUAUGGCGGUGGAAAACUCAUUCCGGCUGGUGACAUAAUCGUCCUGCGUGGAGGUGAUGUGGAAAGAGUGGUUGAUCCGAUCUGGUGGAACCAAGACGCUGUCAUGGCUGUGAUGGAUCACGUCUGCGAGAAGCUAGGUCGCAACUCUGGCAUCAAAGCUAUCUUCCAGGGUGCAAACAAGAAGCCGCUCAUGACGAAGAUUUCUAUGCGACACAUGAACGAGAUGGUCCGGGAGCGCAACCAGUACUCUCGCGACGCAUUGGAAGCAUGGCAAGAUUUCAUCAACCUCAAAGGUCGUAUGGAUACCGAGCUUGCCAAGGUCGCCAAGCGCAACAACGUCCUGGAACAGGAAGCAGAGACAUGGAAGAUGCAGUUCCAGAAAUUCCAAGCAUUCGUCGAAUCGCUCAACAAAGAGCUUGCCGAGCUUCGAGUCAAGAUCGAGGCUGGUAAGCGGGAGCAACGUCGUCUUACUGGUAUCAUCGAUCAGCAGAAGGACGACCAAGCACGACUUGCGCUUCGUCUUAGCGGUACAGAGCGACAACGUGACAAUGCUUUGGAAGCUCUCGUGCUUCAACAAGGUAUUGCCGAAGACCUUGAGAAGGAGCGAGAUCGUAACAGGAAAGAAAUCGCCACUCUGCAACACGCUAACGGCACACUUGUCCAGCAACGUGAUCAAGCACAAAGAGUGGUCCUGCACCUCAGAAGUCUCAUCAGCGGACAGACUCAUCACAUGGAGCAUAUCGUUCGAUCCAUCGGCUCCUCUAACGAGCUUGCCGAGCACGUCAGACAAGGAUUCGAAGAUGCAGACGACGAAGAUUCGGCUGUUUCUGGCAACGAAAACCACGCCAGGAGACGAGAGGCCCGACGUGCAGCCUCUUCAGCAUCUAACGACGGACAAGAGUUUCUGGACGGACGUCUUUCUAGCCGAGCCAACAAGAGAUACUCGGCCCAGAAUGUACAUGAUGUGGCUGACAGACAUCUUCGUGAGAAGACGGAUGCGAUUGCAGACAUCAUUCGCAACAUUAGCGAGCAGUGUGCAGCAGCAGUCGAAGGCUUGCAGCUUGCCAAUGAAGCCGCCGAAAUUGCUCGCAUGAGUGAAGCAGAAACGGAUGUAACCAGCAAUGCUAAUCUGUCAGCUGACGAGAGACAGUCAUCGGGCGGAUCUCGCUCGACAUCACGAAACAACGGUCGUGUGACACCGACUAGUGACCGAAGCUCGGUCCCGCCCACGCCCGAGCUUGUCCACCAACGAUCCAGCACAGCACUGUCGAUGGCCAGUACAGCACCUACAGCCUACACAGCUCGUGACAGCAUACGAGAUGGUGCAGCUCGCACAAAGAUCGUGAGCGACGAGAGCGUGGAUGGCGUGGAUGGCGACAUGGGUGGUUCGAUGAACGGCGAGCCAGUCGAGAAGAAGCACAUGCCUGAACGGUCGACUCGACUAGGUCGACUUGCUGAAGUGUAG